AUGAGUAGAAGACAACCCAUUGCUAAAGACAACCACAUAGGUACUGGGUACGGGCUAGAUAAGAAUCGCUUGCAGGCAAGAGAUUAUCGGGACCGUACAAAACCACAGGGCCUGGGAACGAGACCUCGCAGUCGUUCUGUGUCACCAGCAAGAAAAUCAGAGCCGCCACCGUAUCGCCGAGAAAGGCCACAAAAUAAUAAAGCGUCUAAUAGCUUUAGCAGAGAAACGGGUUUUAAAGAGGCAGAUCUGGAGCGCAAAUGGCGGAAUGACGAAGACAACUUUAUUCUCAAGCAAAUGAAAGAUGGCUCGAUUAUCCGUAUCAAAGACAAUAGGGCCAAACCGAUUGACUGGUUUGUAGUAUGUCUCAAAUAUUUAGAGCCGAAUGAGUCAUCCCAUUCUGACCUAGUUGACUCGUUACUUGGUCUAAAUUCAAGGCAGCCAGUUGAGAAUCCAUAUGAUCUCGAAAAUCUAGAUAUCAAAUAUUCUGAUGUUCAUGAAUUUGAAUUUCCAGAGCCGACUUCGGUUAUUAGUAGUUUAAGUGAAAACGAGCUUGAGCAGCUAAAGGUGCAGUGCGAGGAGUUCGCAAAGUUGGAUGAGAACAAGCGGAACUUUGAGUUCUGGCAGAGUACAAUUGUCCUAUGCACGGAACGGUUGUGGGAAAUGGGUCAGAAAGUCAAGUCCAGGGAUAGCAGAGUAGUGGAGGUUGUGUCUUCUGACAUUGACAAUUUAAUCAUUGGAAAAUCUGCGACAGAGUUAGCAGAUCUUGAGAAACGAGUAGACACCAUGCUGCAAUCGGCGAAUAUCUCGAUUGAUCGAGAUUUCUGGCUUCAAAUAUCCAAGCGACUUAAAGUUGACAAAGCAAGAGCACAAUUAUUAUCUGCAUACAUUGAUUCAAUCAAUAUUAGGACUGUGUUAGUGGACAAAGUACGUGAAAGAGAACUUUCAAGGAACUCCGCAGAAUCAAGAGAGUUGGUUGCUAAACUAGAUGCACUUAAAGAUCAUCUUAUAAAAGCUAGAAAGGAUCCUGUACAAUAUCCGGAGCUCCUUAAAAGGAUAGCAUCUGUCACCAGUGACAAUCAAAUUUCCAUGUCAAAAUCAACACAUCAAUCUGCUCACAGUCCCAUAUAUCCUACAGCAUUAGACGAGUCGGAAUUUGAUAUUCCCAAAGCGAAUGAAGCCCACUUUAACGACGAGGUUGAAUCAAAUGCUAAUCCUGAGCUGGUUAAACCAAAAUAUUACAAUAGAGUAAUUUUGGGUUAUGAGUGGAACAAGUAUAAUAAGGCUCAUUACACUUCUGAACACCCCCCUCCUAAAGUUGUACAGGGCUACAAGUUUAACAUAUUCUAUCCCAAAUUAACUGGAUCAGCCACCAUUCCAAGCUACAAAAUCAUCCCAGAUAAAACCAAGUCCACUAGCGAUGGCGCGUCACAUGCUGGAAGCGAUACAGUUAUUCUUCUGUUCCAGUCCCCUGCGCCAUACCAAAAUAUAGCAUUUCGUAUAGUAGACCAGCCAUGGGACCGGUCGUCGCACGGAAACUCUUUAUAUAAAAGCCAGUUUGAAAAUGGUGUUUUACAACUCCAUUUCAAGUUCAAGAAGACAUACUAUAAGACCUAG